UGUGAAGCGCUAUUAUCACUGGAAGUAACAUUCAGCAUUUCACUGUUUUCUAAAUUGAAUAAGAAAAAUGAGUAAACAACUAAUUUGUAUCGCACUUAUUGCGCUAUUUGUUAUUAAUGAGGCAAAAACAUUUGACAAAUGUUCUUUAGCUAAAGCUCUCCAAGCCCAGGGAUUCAACAAAGCCGAUCUACCAAAUUGGGUGUGUUUGGUGCAAAAUGAAAGCGCAAUGAGUACCAACAAGAAAAACAACAACAAAAAUGGGUCCACCGAUUGGGGCCUGUUCCAAAUCAACGACCGGUACUGGUGCGAUCCCCAGGAGAAGACCAAGAAAAGUUCCAACGAUUGCAAGAUCAAGUGUUCGGCCCUGCUGACCGAUGACAUUACUGUGGCUUCAACCUGUGCUAAGAAAGUCUACAAACGACACGGAUUCGAUGCUUGGUACGGAUGGAUCAAUCACUGCAAGAGCAAAACGCUGCCUGAUUUGUCCAAAUGUUGAACGGGUUAUAAGUGAUAUAAGAUUAAAAAUACUGAAUCUAAUUUAAAAAAGAAGAACUGUAAACACGAUAACCAAUGAAUAAGGGUAAAUAUAACAUAAAAUUUAUAUCAA